AUGGGGCAUUCGGCUGCUGUGUGGGACUUUAGAGCAGCAACUGAACUUACAAAGGACUGGAAUGGAAUUGAUCAACUUGUACUUCGGACGCCACAAGGCGCUUCAGCACGGGUAAGCUUACAUGGAGCGCAGGUCACUUCAUGGCGUAAUGAGCACGGGGAAGAACUACUAUUCACAAGCAGCAAGAUAGUUCCGAAGGCACCAAAAGCGAUACGAGGAGGAAUUCCUAUAUGUUUUCCACAGUUUGGAAACUGUGGAUCACUGGAGCGACAUGGAUUCGCAAGAAACAGAAUGUGGGCAAUUGAUGAGAAUCCUCCUCCUUUGCCUCCAAAUGAUUCCCGUGGAAAAUCUUUUGUUGACCUGCUACUCAAAUCAUCGGAAGAAGAUGUGAGAUGCUGGCCACACAGUUUUGAGUUGCGCCUUCGAGUGUCUCUUACGACAAGUGGAGACCUAUCCCUGAUAUCUAGAGUCAGGAAUAUCAAUGGCAAACCAUUUAGUUUCUCAUUCGCAUACCACACCUACUUAUUGGUUUCUGACAUCAGUGAGAUCAGGAUCGAAGGUCUUGAGACACUUGAUUACCUAGACAACCUUUCCCAUAAAGAACGAUUUACAGAACAAGGAGAUGCGAUAACAUUUGAAUCCGAGGUGGAUCGUCUCUAUCUGAGCUCUCCAAACAUAAUUGCAGUUCUAGAUCACGAGAGGAAAAGGACAUUCAUUAUAAGAAAGGAAGGCCUUCCUGAUGUUGCUGUGUGGAAUCCGUGGGAGAAGAAAUCGAAGUCGAUGGUGGAUUUUGGUGAUGACGAGUACAAGCAGAUGCUUUGUGUAGAUGGUGCAGUAAUAGAGAAACCUGUGAACUUGAAGCCUGGAGAGGAAUGGACAGGGAGGAUUCAACUGUCAGUUGUGGGAUCGAGUUUUUGUAGCGAUCGUCUCGGUUUCGACAGAGGUGGUAUUUGA